GCCCGCUAGAACCCUAGUGCCAAAACCCUUUUGUAACAAUAACUCUCUAUCCAGACCAGUUUAAAACAGGAAUCCAGUAAAGUCACUUGAACCGAAAUUGUAUUUAGAACUAUGGGGAAGCAAUUUGGUAGAAAACAAGGAAUGAAGAAGCGAAAGAUUACGCCGAAGUUUGACAGAAAUAAGCGUGCGAAGAAAAACCAACAGAGGGAAGAAAAAGUGGCUCGCAGCCCGUCUCCAAGUUCAUCAGGGGAUGUAUCCGCUGAAGGAUCUAGCGGUAUUGCAUCUGAAGAGGAAGUAAUUUAUAAAGAGCCAUCCGUAUUUAAUAAUUUGUUGAUGAAACUGGGGUCAAGUAGUGGAUCUCUUGCCAAGGCAUUUAGGAUACGACAAAGACAAGAAGAAGGUAGAAGUGACUCGGAAGAAGAUGAAGGUGAUGGCUCUGACUCUGAUAAUCUGUUAGAGCAAGGGGAUGAUGAUGGUGAUGAAGAGACUGAUGAUAAGUCUCCUGCAAGUGAUAGUAAACUAAAGGAGCCCAACAACAUAGGCAUCGUGGAGAAAAGUUUAGAUGCCAAAAUUGAGGCUGAUUACGAGGCCUCUGACACAGAUGAAGAACAUUGCUUGGAUGUUGGUGGUCAACCUUCUGUAGAGGCAUCAACAUAUGCAAGUUCUUAUAAUGAACACUUUGGAUACAAUUUAUCAAAAGCAGAGGUUGACAACCUGUCAGACAAGAAAUGGAAAUAUAAAUGGGAAGUACCUGCUGUUGAAAUGUCAAAUUGUAAGUGGACAGGAACAGGAGAAUGUUUUCUUAAGGAUGUUAAUCCAAAUUCUGAUUAUGGUCUCAAAGCAAAGUUGUACAAACACUGGUUGGAUAUUUAUAAGGCAUCCGGAGGCAAUGACUUCAAUUCAUCCAAACAAAGAUGGUUUUUCUCUCUUUGCAACAGCUAUCGGGAUAUACUACACUGUAACAAGAAACCAUAUUACUAUAAAGGCCAGGAAGAAGACUCAAGUAUUAUGGACGCGUACCUCAUGCAUUCUCUCAAUCACAUCUUCAGAACUAGAGAUCUUGUGACAAAGAAUGAUGCAAAGGUGGCAAAAAAUAAAGAGAGUGGCAAGGAGGAAAUACUUGUUGGUGAUGGUUUCCUUGAUCGAGGAUUUACUCGUCCUAAGGUCUUGAUAUUGCUGCCGCUGAGAAGCAUUGCGCUUAAAAUUAUUAGGAGAUUAAUACGACUGACUCCUGAUGCUUACAAGGUGAAUGUCGAGCACCUUGACCGUUUCUAUGAUGAAUUUGGAAUUGAAGAGGAGGAAGAUGAGAAAGGCAAUAAUCAAUCAUCACAAGAUAUCCAUGGCACUGGAAAGACAAAGCCUCAGAAGUCUUCCAAACCCAGAGACUUUCAAAUACUUUUUGGUGGUAAUAAAGAUGAUGACUUUAUGAUUGGCAUUAAAUUUACAAGGAAGAGCAUAAAGUUGUACAAUGAUUUCUACUCCUCAGACAUUAUCAUUGCCUCUCCUAUCAGCUUACUUGCGAAAAUUGCGAAGACUGAAAAAAACAAAGAUUUAGAUGUCGAUUACCUUUCUUCUAUAGAGGUUCUUAUUAUUGAUCAUUCAGACGUAAUAUCAAUGCAGAACUGGACGUUUCUGACUUCUGUCGUUGAGCAAUUGAAUUGCAUACCAUCUAAACAGCACGGAACUGAUGUCAUGCGCAUUAGACAGUGGUAUUUGGAUGGAUAUGCAAGGUUUUACCGGCAAUCAAUUGUUUUAAGUUAUUAUUUGAACCCAGACAUCAAUUCUUUCUUUAAUCACCAUUGUGCUAACUAUCAAGGAAAGGUGAAAUUGGUAUGUCAAUAUAAAGGCGUUCUUCCCAAAGUAUUGCUCAAUGUGCGGCAGAUCUAUGAACGGUUUAAUGCUGACUCAAUAGCAGAUGCUGAUGAUGCUCGUCUUGAGUAUUUUACAAAGAAGGUGUUCCCAAAGAUAAAAGAUUCAAUUCAGGGUGGGAUUAUGCUAUUUACUAGUUCUUAUUUUGAAUUUGUUCGACUUCGAAAUUUCUUGAAGUCGCAGAAUGCAUCCUUCUGUCUGCUUGGAGAUUACACAGAAGCAAGUGACAUAUCUCGCGCGCGGGUUUGGUUUUUUGAAGGAAAACGAAAAAUCAUGCUCUACACAGAGAGAGCACACUUUUACCAUAGAUACAAGAUUCGCGGAAUCCAAAAUUUGAUAAUGUAUUCUCUCCCUGAGAGAAAGGAGUUCUACCCCGAGAUUGUUAACAUGCUUGAAGGGUCUCAUAACAUGACAUGCACUGUGCUUUUUUCUCGCUUCGAUAUGCUGCGGCUCGAGAGAAUUGUAGGUUCCGCCCCAGCAAAAAAGAUGGUCAAAUCGGAGAAAGGAGUUUUUGCAUUCUGUUAACAAAGUGUUCACAAAUGCAAUUCUAUUCUUCUUGGACUCGUUAAUCUUCCUCUUUUCUUAUUUCCUCAACACCACAAGAAGUGCGUAGUUCGCAAUUGUACAAGUUGAUAAAUUCCCAAAAUAUAUGUUAUAAAUGUUAGAUCUGACAAGUUUUUGUAUUGUAUAAUAUAAAAUUGGACUUGUAAUAGGUUUGGAUCUAAUAAGUUGUUGAGUUUGAAUCAA